UGUUUGAUCCUUUCUUCUCUGUUCCUCCCCUUUUUCCACAAGUGACCACCAUCUUCAGACUGAACUGUAGGCAUGCACAUGCUCAGUUUGUUUUCUUGGGAGACUGCAUGUGAUCAGCACAGGGCCAAUCAGCACUGUCCAGAUAGAGGUCAUGGGAUUUCCAUCCUCUUAGAGCAGAAAGAAAACUCAUCCUACAAGCUUUAGCUAGUGCUGGGCUGGGCACUGAUAGAAGUCACAAGGCUGCUCUAACUGCUGAUGAGAAAUGGUAUUUAGCCGUUUAUAUUUACUGA